UUUCCGACGCGAUAGUUCUGACAACACCUUGGCUUGACCAAUUGGUGUGAUUUUCUCUUCUUCUUUCGUUUUGUGUUUUGUGCUGUUCUUGCUUCUUUAUCAUCGCGAUGCUCGACCAGGUAACAACCAACAUGCCGAAUCACGAGCCCUCUUCGCCUUCUGCAGAGGAGUUGAUAUCGCCGGUGACUACGGACUCCAUGGUGACCGUGCCUCUAUCCGAUCGCCAAUCUAGCUACGGAGACCUAGCCGCCAGCCUCGAUGCCCCAACAACGCCUGUCGACGAGAAAGAAGAAGGAUAUGCUUCUCAAGAAACCGAAGGAGUAAUAGACAUGACUCCCAAGAAUGAAAAUAUACUCAAGAGUGACGUGUUCACGCCGGAAGAAGACAAGAGAGACUCAGAUACGAAUUCUCAACGAAGCGCAACCCCAUCGUCUGUCGGAAGUGAUGGUGUUGACUGGGAGAAACUGGACAAAUCAGAGGAACAAGAGCCACGCACAGACGCGACAGACGAGUCCACUGCUUUGUUGCUCGCGCGUCUGGAACAAGAGAACAAUGCCCUUGCAACCGACCCAAAGUCCGGCUCAGCCAAACCCCCCGCUGCUCGUCAUUCACGUCCACCGUCCAUCCAACACCUUCAAAAACUGGUGAAUGAUCCACGGUCAUCUAUCCGCUACUCUCGAUUGCCACCUCCGCCAAUGACUGAACUCGAAUUCUGGGCUGCCUUGGUGGCCGACUAUCCCUCAACUGCUCAGAGACUACCCACAUUGACCUCGAACAAGAUUCGUUCCGGCGUGCCUGCUCCACUCCGAGGUGUGGUCUGGCCUAGCAUUGCCGGAGCUAGAGAUACUCACUUAUACGAAGAAUUUGGACGACUAUGUGGCGAGUCUAGUCCUUAUGAAGGCCUUAUCGGAAAGGAUAUUGGUCGUAGUUUCCCAAAUGUUGAAAUGUUUAGAGAUCCCAAUGGGGAAGGCCAACAGAUGUUGGCUAGAGUUUUGAAAUGCUUCAGUUUAUACGACUCCAAAAUCGGCUAUUGCCAGGGAUUGGGCUUUGUUGUUGGCCCGUUGUUAAUGCAUAUGACCGAUGCCGAGUCAUUUUGUGUGUUAAUAAGGCUCAUGGAGCAUUAUGACCUCCGCUCAUGCUUCCUCCCGGAUCUAUCGGGACUGCAUAUACGGAUUUACCAGUUCCAGAAUCUCCUCUCUCGCCACUUGCCAACCCUCUUUGCUCAUUUGGAAGCACUGAACGUUGAGCCUGUUUACGUGUCUCAGUGGUUCUUGUCAUUUUUCGCCGUCACUUGCCCAUUGCCAAUGCUUCUUCGUAUAUACGAUGUCUUGUUGCUAGAAGGUGCAUCCGAGACCCUUAUGAGAGUCGCGUUGUCCCUGAUGCAGCGGAACGAAAAGAAACUUCUAUCCUGUACUGAGUUUGAAGACGUGAUGCAACUCCUGCUGUCUCGAAGCUUGUGGGAUACAUAUGCAUGUAAUGCUGACGACCUUGUCAAUGAUUUCGUUUCGUUGACUCCUCUCGUUACCAAUGAAAACUUGCGAUCUUUGGCGGCCAGCUACGCCCAAUCUCAAGGCGUUCCAACCGGAAUUUCAUUUCCUCAGAUGCACGCAGCAGCUGCCCGAGUUCUCGGACGAAUGUGGGCAGGUGCGAGUUCCCACAAGUCUCUCACUUUGCCCCCAGCACGCCCAGAGAGUAUCUUGCGCCGCUCACCGUCUAAACAGAGUAUGGCUUCGACCCUCAACUCAAUGGAGUCUUCUGCAUCGGAAGCCAGUACUGCUCCGACCGAUGCUUCCGCAGGAGAACAGAAGCUGCGUGCUAAGUCUGCGAUAUCGCAUAAAGAUAAAGACCUACACGGGCAGAUUGAAGACCUACUGAUGGCAUUGAGUGACUUGCAGCGAGAGCAAGCGGAUCUGGCUCGAGACCUGCAACGCGAGCAGGAAGAGCGAGAAGAAGACCAGCAGAUAGCCAAGGCGAUGCUGAGUCAUCUGAAACAGGAUGACGACAAGGAAGAAAAUAAAGACGAGCUCAUCAACAAAGCAGAGGAACGGUUCGCAUCUGUUAGUAAACGAACUUCCGUUGCACAAACUAAAGAACAACUACGAGACGAGGCUGGUAGAUGGAAAGAGAAGUACGAGAUGGAAGCGGCCAGACGUGUUGACUUGGGGAGACGUCUUGAUGAGCAUGAAAGCGAGAAUUCUCGGCUCAAAGACGAGCUCAGAGAGGCGCGAUCGCGUAUCCAAGACGGACAUCGUGAGAAACAAAAGUUGGAACGCACAGUUCAUGACUUACGAACGCGCAAAGUAAAUCCUGACAGCGUUCAAAUUUCGAAUGACAGUGAUAACUGGCCUGCACCGUCCACAGGUCUGCGCGAGUUUAGACUCGGUCGAGCGGAUUCACAGAAGAUCAAACACCCCAAACGCACCAGCAGCUUGGGACUGCAGUCUAUCCUUGGAACAGCAGAUACAACUAACACCACCACCACGACGCAAUCCGCGGGCUCAGAAGAUUCACUACUGCUGGAACUGGUUCAUGCUAAAACUGCUGAAGCGGUGGCAAAACAGGAGCUGGAAGAAGUCAAGGCAAAACUAGACACUCUUCGCAAAUUGAUGAACGGCCACUCGCGAGGAAACGCCACAAUCGAUUUGAGCACAACACCAUCAUCCACAAACCUAACCAAACUGUCACCGGAUCCUGUCAAAGCAGCGCCAACGGGCGGGGGGUUCUUUGGCUGGGGAAGAAGAAGUGCAUCGACAGCAGGGUUAAGCGAGGCAAAAUAAGAGUCCCUGAUUCACAUACGAUUUUUGUGUUGGUAUAAAUACUUGACGAUUAUUUCUGCAUACAAGCUU